UGACGCACGGCGUCGGGGCGUGACGUAAGGCCGUAACGUACGGCGUCGGGGGCUUCCUCCCGCCCCGGCGGCGGCGGCGGGGCCGCGUUGGGGUUUAUGGCGGCGGCGCUGAGCGGCCUGUCCGCCCUGGCUGCCCGGCUGUCCCGGUCGGCCGCCGCCCGUUCUUACGGCGUCUUCUGUAAAGGCUUGACCCGCACCCUCCUCAUCUUCUUCGAACUGGCCUGGAAGCUCCGCAUUAACUUCCCUUACCUCUACAUCGUCGCCUCCAUGAUGCUCAACGUCCGGCUGCAGGUCCAUAUUGAGAUCCACUGAGUUGUGACUGGUGUGCUGCUUGCCCUGUGUGCUGCAACUGGGGUCAGUCACACUCUGCAGAUUCAGCCUGUGGGGAAGCAGCAAGGCCAUGCUCCUCUUCUCCGGGACUAUGAAGAGAGAAGAUUUAAACCAGAAACGAGUAUGUGACAGUGACCCAGAUCAUCACAAGGCAGCAGCUCACCUGACACGCACACAUUCCCUGUUGAACAAUUCUCAAAAUUGUAGUAGCAGUUUACAAAAGGAAUUAUUUUAUUUUAACAGCAGGAAUUGUUCUCUCUUUAAUACUAUACCUCUGCCUUCUGCUGGCAAGGAAAUGGCUCUGAGUGUGAGUGAAUCAGCAGGGAGGAACUCGAGUGCAGCUGCUCUGGGGAAGGAUUCAUUUCAUCUGCAUUUUUCUUCUGGGAGAGACAGUCUCGAUGGGGUUUCUCCCUGCAGUUACAGUAUUUCAGUCAUGGCCUGGCUGGAGGAAGCCUGUAGUUUCGCUGGAGACUUUAGCUCACGCUGUCCAGGAGACAACUUUGUAUUUUUUGCACACUUCUGGCUGGGAAAUUCAUGGUACGAUAAAAAACUGCAGUUUCUGGAAUUAGAAAUGGGCAGCAGCAAAGAGAAUGAAUUGCAGCUUGCGUGUCUUAAAGAGCUGGAGCUUGGUGGACUUCCUGAUCUCUGUUUUGUUCCUGUUGCCUCCCUGCAUGAAUACGCUUUGGGACUCUUAAACAACCAGAAACCAUGUUUUUUUCUCUGUUGUUUAAACCUUGUGUCUUCAGAACAAACACUUGGAUACGGGAAAAUGCUUUCAAAUAUACAAUAUGUGACUAACAGUUUUCACCUCAUACAGCUAGUAACUUCUCUUCUAGCUUUUGCACUAGCAGGUCUUUGGUAUGCAGUAGUGAAGGUAAAAGAGUACUAAGAUUUUAAUAAUUACUAUUUUUAACAUUAUUAGAAAGCUAAUUGACUACAUAAGAGAGACAAGGUUACAGUUCAGGUUUUAGUGAGAAGUAGACAGCUAAAGUAAAAAUUAUACUUGUGUAAUUGCUAGUAAAACUGGCUGUUGGAAUAAUAAGGACUUUUUUGCAAGGAAUAUCUGCAUCUGAGUGGAAAGAAUUUCUUUAUCUCAACACUCUUUGGGACUUGUGCAGGUUUGCUGUUAGCACUAGACUAGAGCUCAGUGUGAUUGUUUAGCACAGGUCCUUUGUUCUCCUUGGGUUUGUAUUAGGUGUGUGUCCUGCCUGUUGUUUACAGCCAUUUCCAGUGACACCGUUUCUCGUAGCAUUGAGUUCCUGCUCCAAAUCCAACAGUAACCAACGUGUCGGUCCUUAAAACGUUUGGAACUGUACAGCUGUUAGGAGAGUGGUCUCCAGUGCAGUGUAAUUCUCAGCAGUGGUCCUUUUCCAGGAUGGCACUACUCUAAUUUAACCAAUGUCUCGUGAGUUAUAUUGUGCUACAGUAGACACUAGAAACAAUUUUCUAAAAGAAUGUUUUCUUUCCUUGAAAAAGUGAUAUUGCUGAAGCAUAGUAAUCAUUUCUGGGCCUGUUGACUUUGGCUUCGGGACAGACCAGCGGCACCGGGGUUUGGCAGUGAGCAGAGCACGCAGGGUGGAAUGGGCAGAGCUGCUGCCAGCAGGGAUUUGCAGGAAGGUGCUCCCCUGGGCAUUCAGGGGGAGAAGCUCAUCACGCCGUAGGUCAGAGCUCCAACUCGGGGUCCAGAAUUCCCAAGGAGGGGCUCACCGGAGAGCGAGGAACUGGCAGGGGGUGGGAGGAACUGGCAGGGGGUGGGCUGCCUUUUCAGCUUGCCCUUAGGGUGCAGUGGAGUCAUGCCCUGGUUCACGCAGCGAGUACCCUUUUUGGUUGCCAGCUUGUUUCACGGUUGCAUUUAGUUUGAAAUGAACUUGGCUGGGAAGCUGGCCGAGGUUCUAAUGUGGUGUUAAUUUGGGUGUUACAGCACACACGUGUAGACAAGUCCUGGAUUAUGACGAUGAGCUGCUGGUUAUCAGUGUUAUGGGGAGAAAUGCUGGAAUUUUUUUAACUUAGAGUGCUGAAAGUAAGAUACACUACUACUUAUGUUAAACGAUAUGUUACGUUUAUAUUGUCCCCAUUGGUUAGCUAUUUCUUCUGGAUGUUAGAAGAGAUAAAAAGCUAUUUACUUUAAUUUAGAAAAUAACUUUUUCUCUGGUGUGUACUUUUAUUGUUUAAUUUCCAGACUUUUGACCAUCUGAUUACCUGUCACAAAAUUAUCAAAACCCUUAAAAUUAUGAUGGUUUACAUGUUGCUGUCAAAAUAAUUACUUACAACAGCAUCCUCUUAAUGAAACCAUUCCUACUAUUCUCUCCCAUCUCCACUGCUGCUUUUUACCCCACCUUGUAGUGGUGUUAACAGGAGUGUUUGGGGGUCAAGGUUGCUGAAGUGAUGUGUAUCUGAAACACCAGAAAUCAGGACACUUCUCCAAAAGUCCAUGCUUUAUUUGAGUUGUGGUGUUUGCAUACAGCUUGAACCAAAAAACACUCAGGAGAGCUGAGAGUAGAGGAAUGAAGGUGGGGAGGGGCUGGAGCCUGUUUCAGCUGGCUUCAGUGCUAAAGAAAACAUUGUGCAACUGCAUCUUGCUGGCUGUAACGAGCUCCAUGGGUAAAGAAACCCUCCUUUCCUGUAGGGUGAGCCACACACAAACCCAGUCCUGCAUCCACACCCGAGUGCUUGGGCUUCCCAGGUAACGAGGCGGUGGGCAGCGUGGUGCCCACACGGAGUACCCGGGAGCUGCUCUGUGUGACUGGAGGGUCUCUGCUGUCCUUGGGGAACCACAGUCACCUCCAGCACAACCUCGCAGGUGCCGCUGCCAGGGUGACAGGCAGGAGCAGCUACAGGCAUCAGUGCGUUAGUCCAGUUCUUAACACAUCUGUGCUCCGUGGUGAUUUUAAGGGGAAAAAAAAAAGAGGGUGGAAAGGGAAACGUGAGAAGAACCCCCUGUAAACUGGAAGUGAAGCACGCGUGCAGCACAGUGCCCAUGGCUGGCUGUUGGCGAGAAGCCUGAGCAGGGGCAUCUCAGGAUGCUUCUGUAUCACAGCCCUGCUCUAAGCAAAACUUGCUGUGAGUGAGCGGCCUUCAGUCACGUGCUACAGCAUCACUUUAAAUAUACAGUACAGCUAAGUGAAAUGAUGGAAGUUUUUUAUGUAUUAUAUGUAUAUUGAACAUAAGAUAUAAAGAAUAUGUCUUAAGUGAGUGGAUUUAAUCCAUUUUAAGAUAGUUUAUGUACUUUGCCUUGGAUUUUGUUGCUUAAAACCUAAAAGGUAACUUUCUAACUUGAACAUUCCUUCUGAAAUUCAAAUAAAGGAUAGUUUGGUGUGUUCAGAUCUCACAUAAUGCACUGCACUUUAGGCACGUGGAGGCUGUAAGCUGAAUGUGCUGUUCUGGCACCAAUGGGAGUGUGGGGCUGGUGGGGACCACGCUCCUGUGGCUUUGCUGGGUGUGGGGAGCGGUGAGGCAGGGACUGCCAUCCUGAGAACCACAGAAACCAGACGCUGUCUGCCUCAGGCCACUCUUCUCUCGACUCACCUCAAAGAGGGAAGGUGUCCCAGCCCAGAACCGGCUCGUGUCAGGUUCUGUGCUUUAGUCAGACGUGGAAACUGCUUCCCUGAGUAGAUGUACUGUUCGGGCUGAGACAGAGAUUAUCACAGUGCAGAAGAAUAACAUUUUCAGUAGGGUAAGGGACCUUUAUCCUGAACCGGCAGUUGCUGCCUUAUUUCCAGUUCCUCUCUCCUCUUGCUGUUCUGCUGCUGUUGGCAAGAGGGAUUUCUGAGCAGAAUGUCAGGGUGCUACUGAACAACUCACACUUUCUAAAAUUUCACUGAUCAUUGUCAGGUCCUUCCUGCACCAGAUAGCAAAGAGUUCUGUUUCUGCCAUUAGAAAACAAAGUAAGAAAGAAAACACUCAAUAUUUAGAGAACUGUCUAGUGGUUUCCCAUAAAUGUACACUGCAGUGGAAGUUUACUGUAUGGUGUACUGCUCUGAAAAAGAAAAUACACUUUUAGCUGGCCUGCAGCAGGUGCUGUGUCUGGGUGUGGUGUUGGGGUGCUUCCGACACCGGCUGUGAAGCGCAGGGGGACGGUGUGGUCCUUCCCCUCUGGUGUGACCCGCUGCCACCUCGAGAUCACCUGUGGGCACCUGCCUGGCACCAGGACAGUUUUGAGCCUUUUGCUUUUUCAGUGUUGGGUUGUUAGGGUUUUUUUGUUUUGUUUGGGAUUUUUUUUUGUAUGUUUUGUUGGCUUUUUCAGGACUGUAAAGACUGCACUUUCUUUAACUUUGCCAAAGUUUGCUUUUUUCCUCCUUUUCUCCUCCCUUAUCCCUCCUUACAGAUAGACACGCUGUCAUUGUGGAUGAGGCGAGCCUGUACCUAGUCUCCUGAUGUUUUAUCUCUGAUCAAGUUGUUUCUUUUGGAUUUGUGGCCUGAUCUUGUCUGUAUGUUCCUUGUCUUCCCUCCCCAUCGCUGCUCAGCAUAAGCAUGUGGUGAUGCUCCCCUGUAUUUAAUUAUGCAUAACAAAUUGACCGAGCCACGCAGCGCUGUGUGUGUCCAUAGUCCGUCAUGGGGCUGUGAGACAAGCCGUGUAUCUGACAGAAUUCAAACCUGUGGUACCUCUGUCGGCUGGGAACCGCAGCCAGAACGUGGGGUGUAUCCCCUACAUCGAGGGCAAAGCCUGAGAAGCAGUUACAGUCACAGUCACUUCAGUGCUCUUUAGGCUCCUAAGUCAUUAGCAUAACUGAAAAAUUCACAUGAAUACUCUUAAUAUUUUGAAACCUUCUUUUUUUAAGAGUGCAUGGAAUAAAAUGUGUGCUGACACUUGUUUCUGUGAUGCGCAGUCAGUAACUGGGCAAAAAACUUUUUAGGAUUUUCUUAAAAAUAUUUGUAGUGAAUCCCCUUUUUGAUAUCUCAGACUAAAAGCCUCUAAUCCACAGGGAGGAGCUGCAUUUGAUAGAACUUUGGAAUAAACAGCUUGUUGCCUAUGAAAUUGUUACUAUUGAUGAUUAGCUCACACACUUGAGCACAAGGAGACAGACACCAGCCUGUGGACGGGGUGAGAACAGGAACAGUGUGGAGCUGCUGGAACACGCACUAAGUAAAUCCCUUGCCAUUAAUCCCGUGGUUCCUUCCAGAAUCUCAGUUACCCAAGUCUUUUGGGAAUUGGUGAUACAAGACUUGGACCAAGUAGAUGGUUACUUCAUUGUUGCAUUCAAUGGAUGAAAUCAGUUUAAAAGCUGAAGUAUUUUAGAAAAUGGCCAGAGGAACUUCCAGAAAUAAAAUCUGCCUUGAAAAGA